AUGUACGUGGGCUACAUACUGGAUAAAGAAGCCAGCAUGUACCCGGGGUCAGUUAGACGAUCAAGCAUCAAUCUGGCCGCACAGAACUUUGUUUCUCCCUCACAGUAUUCGGAGUACGCUGGCUAUCAUGUGCCUAACAUGGACCACCAUCCCCAAAGCUCCGUGUCUUGGACCUCUCCUUAUGGCCCACCCAGGGACGAUUGGAGUUCCUAUGGGCCGGGUCCAUCGAACGCGGUGCCGGUCCAGAUAAGCAACUCUUCCCCGGGCCAGGUUUCCUACAGUUCGCCCGACUACAAUGCCAUGACCCCUACUUCCGCAGGGAUCCUUCCUCCCUUAGAUUCCAUCUCAGUGGGACAAACGUCCCCCAACAGUCAAAGGCGCAAUCCCUAUGAAUGGAUGAAGAAAACGACACAGAUCUCCGCAGCAGGUAAAACUCGGACAAAAGACAAAUACAGAGUGGUUUAUACAGACCAUCAGAGACUUGAGUUGGAGAAAGAAUUUCACUACAACAGGUACAUCACAAUCAAGAGAAAAGCUGAACUCGCAUCUAUACUUGGACUCUCUGAAAGACAGGUCAAAAUCUGGUUCCAGAAUCGAAGGGCUAAGGAGCGAAAGAUGACCAAGAAACAGUUGGCUCAGUCUGACGGCUGUCUAACUCACCACGGGCCUGGUCCAGGAAGUCCUGUGGAGAUGGCAGGCCAGAUGUUGCUUGGAGGCCACAUCUCGGGGGGCCCAUCUGUUGGGAAUAUGGCUCAAGAGCCGCCGCCAUCGUCGAACGACGACCUACCCCCACGUGACCGUCAAAGCGCGCCCCCGCCCAAAGAUCAUAGAGGAGCGCUCCUCUACGAUCUUUGCUCCCGCCCGCCGACCCCACGUGACCGUCAAAGCGUGCCCCCGCCCGCCGACCCCACGCGGAUCUUCAAGCCAAAGAUCGGCCCGCUUGCCCACGUGACCCUGAUCCAAGCGCGCAGCCGGCCCCACGUGACCCUGGUCCAAGCGCGCAGCCGGCCCCACGUGACCCUGGUCCAAGCGCGCAGCCGGCCCCACGUGACCCUGGGUCCAAGCGCGCAGCCGGCCCCACGUGACCCUGGGUCCAAGCGCGCAGCCGGCCCCACGUGA